UUAAACAUUAUUAUCCAUGAUUGGAGCGAUACGUGCAACUGUUUUUUAGUUUCUGUUUAAAUUUUGUUAUAAUGAAGUGGUUUACGUGUAUGUCUAUAUGAGCAUACCAAUGCAUUUUUAUGACUAUUUACUUGUUCGGUUUUGUUAAAUACAUAAACAUUUCGUUCUUAUACAUAAUUUCGAUACGUUAAUAAUGUCAUUAAGCAACAAAAGCGGCAACAUAAACGACAAAGAAAUCGACGAUGAGGACAUGCUGUCACCCACAAAAUUGUCCACGAAUCUUGUUGUUCGAGUAAAUCAAGAUUCCGAUGACAAUUUGCAAGCUUUAUUCGAUAGUGUGCUGAACCCAGGAGACGCGAAAUUGCCACUGCAGCUCCCCUUUCGAAUGCGCAAGUUGCCGAAUUCAUUUUUUAAUCCUCCUGCUCCCCUCCACUCACGAGCAAACAGCGCCGAUUCCACAUACGAUGGCUCCCAAACCAAUAUCAACAAGACUGCCCAGGUCAGUCCAUCAGAAAUACAGUCAUCUAUCUCACAGAAUCAGCCAUCACAAAGCCGUCUGCAAAUACAUCAUUUUCGGGCCCGAAGCAGCCCUGCAUCGCUCCAACAAAACUACACUGUUCGCUCUAGGAAUGAACCUAGCGCCAACACCAGCCAGGCUCCUGGUCCCGCAUACCCAGAUAAUGGCGUUGAUUUUAACAGUAGCGGCGUAGCUGCCAGCAACAUUGAUGUUGAUGCUAUGAACACAUGCAUGGCACAAGGGCAGGAAGCAGCAGUCGCUGCCGCGGCUUUAUCUACUCAGACGAGCAUACAUAAAAAGCAGAGAUCGUACGACGUUGUUAGCCCAAUUCAAUUACAAAUCCAACUGGGAGCAUUGCCGCCUGGUUGGGAGCAAGCUAAAACUAACGAUGGACAGAUUUACUAUUUAAAUCAUACCACAAAAACAACGCAAUGGGAGGAUCCACGAAUUCAAUUUCGUCAACAGCAACAACAACGAGUAAUUGCUGAGCGCAUAAAGCCAAAUGAUAUUUUACAAACCACGAAGCAAACAAAUGCUCCGACUAUUGGUAGCCAGAUGGGCCCUCUUCCUGAAGGUUGGGAGCAAGCAGUUACAGAGUCUGGAGAUAUUUACUUUAUAAACCAUAUUGAUCGAACGACUUCUUGGAACGAUCCCAGAACUCAAUCUGGACUCAGUGGUCUUGACUGCCCUGACAACAUAGUAUCAACUCUACAGAUUGGAGAUAAUAUCUGUAACAAUAUUUUUAAUGAUGCCCAAAACAUAAUUACACCGUCUUCCCAGAAACCUGCUGAUUUGGAAUGGUAUAAAAUUAAUUAAUAAAUAUUGCGUGUGAAUUAUUAUA